AUGGGGAACAGGUUGCAUGGGCAGGCCCUGGCGCAUGAUGACCCAUCCAGCUUCCGCAUCACCUGCCGGGCAACGGAUCAAAGAAUUAGGGAUGCCAGCCUACUGGGGGUGGGAAGGGAAGGAACAGGAAACAAAGUGGCUACACACUGGGAUUCUUGGCUUCUGGGCUUCUUGCAGGAGGCAUGGCAUGAUGUGGCUGUCGUUGGGCAAAGGAGGCUGAGAAUCCUGCAGUGCAGCCGGUGCAUUCAGCAGCAGAGGCACAAAAUGGGAGCCGCCGCUUCCAGAACCCCUUUUUUCAUUUUAACUUCUCGGCCAGUAGGUGGCAGGCUGGCCGUGAUCACGACCCCCUUUGCCGUUGCCUGUAGAAUUUUGCACCCCACCUUUUCGCAGAUGGACCUGCCCGUGGAGGACCCCAGAGCCCUACAUCAUUCAGAGCUGCUGCAGGCCCCUGUCUCGGCCCCACAGCUCUGCGGGCUGCGCACCGCCGUCUCUUGCUUCGCUGAGGAGACCGUCUCGCUGCUCUCGAGCAACGGCCUGUUAAGCCAUUCCCUGCUCAGGACCCCGACCAGCGCAGGGGCCCGGCCGAAAGAGCCAGGGGCCCCCUCGAGCACAGCCCGGCGCAAGCGAGAGUUCACCCCGGAUGACAAAAAGGACAAUGGCUACUGGGACAAAAGGAAGAAGAACAACGAGGCAGCCAAGCGGUCUCGGGAAAAGCGGCGCGUCAGCGACCUGGCCCUGGAAGGGCGGGUGCUGGCCCUCCUGGAGGAAAAUGCCCGUCUCAAAGCAGAGCUCCUGGCUCUGAAAUUUCGCUUUGGCCUGAUCCGGGAUCCAACAGAGCCUUCCGGGCCAGUGGUUCCUGUCGCCGCUGAAGCCCACCGGCCUAUACCCACACCCCAGCACUACCCGGCGGCUCUCGAGACCGCUCGGUAUGGCUGCCCCUUCCGACCAGAGCCUGCUGCCAGCUCUGAGGAUUCCGGGUUCUCCACACCGGGCAGUUCCAGCAUGGGAAGCCCGGUUUUCUUCGAGGAGCGUGACCGGGCCGAGGAAGGGAUUAUGUACGACGGGCACUGCCUGGUGCCGGAUUCCUCAGAGGACGGGGCGGAUUUGGGUCGAGUGAGCCGCUACGAGGCCGGGGAGAACGUCAAAGGUCUCCCCCACAAGCUGCGUUUCAAAAUGGCAGGUGGGUCAGAGGACAUGACCGGGGAGCCGCCGGGACACUACCCGCCAUCUCCACCGGUGGGGACCUGGAGGGGGCCCGCCGCACGGGAGGAGCAGAGGAACGCGGGCCCGGCGCCUGCGGGGGCCGUGGCGUUCAACGGCUGCUGUGAAGCAGAGGCCUCCCCCGACCACCUGCCGCCCCUCCAGGGCUCCGGGUACCAGACGGAGAACAGCAGCUUGCGGAAUCAGUUGGCGUCGCUUUCGGCGGAAGUCGCACAACUGAAGAAGCUCUUCUCUGAACAGAUCUUGAUCAAGAUGAACUGAGGAAAUGGCAACACGGGAGGACA